AUGUCUAUUUCUUUCCAUGCUCGUUCUAACAGUGUUCCCUCUAUGCAACAUCCACAAGCUGCUCAUGUUGAUGAGCAGUUGACCAGGUUGAGAUCUUCUGAGGCAGCCUCUUCAUCUUCCAGCUCUUCUAUUUACCAAAGACUAAGCAACCUUCAAGACUUACAUGAUUCCCUUGACAAGAUGCUUCGCCUAUCUAUCACCAACAAGGCUUUAUCUCAGGUUCAGGUUGAGAAGCUUCUUGAUGGAUCCCUCCGGAUCUUGGAUUUGUGCAAUGUGGCCAAGGACGCUUUGUCACAGACGAAAGAAGGUCUCAAGGAAAUCCAAUCUAUUCUAAGAAGAAAGCGUGGAGAUUUAUCAGCAGAGGUCAAGAAAUACUUAGCCACAAGAAAGUUCUUGAAGAAAUCAUUCCAAAAAGUAGUCAAGAAUUUGAAAGUGAGCCAAAACAAAGAGAGCACCGAUAAAUCUUUGAUUGUGUUUGGAGAAGCAGAAGCCGUAACAGUUGGUGUCUUUGAACGUAUGUUUUGCUUCAUGUCCGGAUCUAAGGCUUGUGGAAAAUGGUCAUUGGUCACAAAACUUAUGAGCCAGACCAAAUCUACAUGUGAAGAUGAGGCAAAUGAAUUCACAAGAUUGGACUUUGUGUUUGAAUAG